ACAGCGCGUAUCGACGCACUUAAGCGCAUGAAAUGCCUUUACAGUAGUUAGACCAAAUAUAUAAAUACAAUAGACGCGUUGAAAUUUAGGCGAAGUUGCCCGACAGCUUUCGCUUAAUGAGGAGCGUUGGUGAUCCUGAAAGUGAAGUGAAAAGUUUGUGAGAAGUGUGUUCAUCGCAUAAGAAAGAAAAUAUACUACAGUUAUUCAGUGUUUCGAAAAGUGACAAAAUGAGUGAAAAGAAUAUCGCAGCAGAAUUGGAUAAAGGUCCACGUUUUGCCGUUCGACAUAUUCAAACUCUACUGCUUUUCCUAUCCAUUACUGUUGCUUAUAUGAGUCGUUUGAAUGUCUCGGUUGCGAUCGUGGCGAUGACAAAUGCUGCGAGUACAAAUCCAAACUUUGAGGAGUUCGACUGGACGGAAAAACAGAAAUCCUACAUUAUAUCAUGCUUCUAUUGGGGCUAUGUGGUUACACAAUUUCCGGGUGGCUAUUUGAGUCGACGUUUCGGCGCAAAGAUUGUGAUCGGUAUCAGUAUCUUCGGCUCAGCGCUUUGCAGUUUACUCACACCAUUUCUCGUCCCGUGGGGCGGCUGGCAAGUUUUCUGCGCCAUACGUAUAGUACAGGGUCUCUGUCAGGCAGCUGUAUUUCCAGCUAUACACCAACACAUUGCCAAAUGGUCACCACCACAAGAACGCAAUAUGAUCGGUGCAUUGACCUAUUCGGGUGUGGAUUGUGGCACAGUCUUGGCUAUGCUUGUUAGUGGUCUGAUAGCCAGCAGUUCGAUCGGUUGGCCGGGAAUUUCAUAUGUUUCGGCCGGUCUUUGUUUUGUCUGGUGCAUACUGUGGAUAAUUUUUGGUUCGAAUGAUCCACCAUCUUCGCGUUUUAUCACGAAAGCCGAGUGCGAGUAUAUUGAAACUUCGAUGAAACGUGAAGAGGAUUUCCAUAAGAAGAAAAUACCAAUACCAUGGUUUGCGAUGCUCACAUCUGUGCCAUUUUUGUCACUACUUUUAGUACGUUGUUCCGAAAUGUGGGGCUUCAGUACCAUACAAUCGCAAAUUCCCUCGUACAUGAACGGUGUUUUGAAUAUGGAUAUUAAGAGUAAUGCAUUCUUCUCGGCUCUACCAUACAUAGCGCGUUGGAUUAUGUCGUACACAUAUCUCUUCUUCGGAAAUAUGGCUGUUGCUAAGAAUUGGCUCUCCUUGACGGCGGUACGUAAGAUCGCCAAUACGAUGGCUUUAUGGUUGCCAGCAUUUCUGAUGAUCGGCGUGGGAUUCCUCGAUGAUAGCAACAAAGCUUUGGCUAUUGCUCUAAUGACAAUGAACGUCGGCUUCAAUGGGGGUACAACCAUAGGUUGUAUUCUCAGCACAAUAGACUUGUCACCAAAUCAUGCUGGUGUUGUAAUGGGUAUCAUAAAUCCGGUAGCUAAUAUUAUAGCAUUGAUUACACCACUGGUUGUGGGUGUCAUAGUUUCAGAUGUGCACAAUCGCUCUGAAUGGCAAAUAGUAUUCAUCAUUGCAGCGGCUAUUUUCUUCAUUGGUAACUUGAUUUUCGUAAUUUUCGGUUCGGCUGAAACUCAACCAUGGGACGCUCCUGAUUUUCUGCGUAAGGAUAACGUGGAAGAGCCAGAAAAUGCGCCACCGAAGAGCACUUUUAAGGAAAUUUUCGGUGGUAAUGAUGACAAAUACGACAUCGAGGGAUGGGCGGUGCAGAAUGUUAACGAUUCGAUAUCGAAGAACGAAGCUGUCGAAAAAAUUUAAUUAAACGACUGGUAUUCUAUUACUCGACGGGCUUAAAUUAAGUCUAGUUUCAAGUAGCGUUAGCUGUGAAUAUUAAAUUGUUUACAUUAUA